AAAUUAAUUCCAGGACCACCAGUAUUAACAGAAACUCCCACUUUCUGAAGAAUCAUCGUCUUCUUCAAUCUGCUGAGGAGAUAGAGAGAGAAAAAGCGUUGAUCAUUUGUUGCGAAGAUGAAGAAAGAUGAGACGGUGAAAUUAAUCAGCGCUGAAGGUUUCGAAUUCAUCAUCGAUAAAAAGGCAGCCAUGGUUUCUCAGACUCUUCGCAACAUGCUUACUUCUCCAGGGGGUUUCGCUGAAACGGAGCACGGUGAAGUGACUUUUCCUGAGAUUAGUACUACUAUUCUCGAGAAAAUUUGCCAGUAUUUCUAUUGGUCUCUUCAGUAUGCCAGUGGGAAAAAUACCGAAUUCCACAUUGAACCUGAACUUACUCUGGAGCUGAUGAUGGCUGCUAAUUAUCUCCAUACAUAGGAAGAAUUUGCAUCUCUUUCUCAUGUUGGCAUUCUCUACCAACUAUGGAAUGCUCAAGAACACCACUCGAGAAUUAUAGAAGUUCAUGGUUUUACUGUUUAUCUUCAUGUAUUGGCUAUUAAUUAUGGUCCCUCGGAAAGCACAGGGACCUUUGUGUAGGAAUAGGACUAAUUGUUAAGGCUUUACGGAAAAGAUCAUCUUGGAUACUAAAACUGAAGUAUAUACCGUCGUGAUUUAGAUUAAUAGAACUUUGUAUGUUCAACACUUUGGAAACUAUUGAACACUUUGUCUGACACUGGCCAUAACAGCAGAACUAUACUUGACUU